AUGUUUUGGAUACUACGGCGCACCGGAGCGGCAAAUUUUUUCAAUUCCAUCAACAAUAACUACACGGCCAAAGGGGGUUCCAGUGCCAGCGGCAGUGCCGACAAGCAUGCCCCGCGGCCACCGCGACGUGCGUACGGUCGCCUGAGCGUCGAAUCUGAUGACGCUCAAUCGUUACGGCGUGACACCGAGCUUAACGACAAUCUGAUUGAUGUGGAUGGCGAGCUUAGCGUAAGCAACAGCAUCAACAACAACAACAACAACAACAACGUUCUGGUGAAGAAUCAAAACAAAGCGACACCUGGUGGCGUUGGCGGUGGAAACGGAAAGGCUGACGGCGGUGGUUCGCGCUACGGUAGCAAUGCCGGAGCGGCCACCACAACGACGAUGGCGACGGGCAAGAUUAAUGGCUGCUCGUCGCAUCUGUUCGCAUCGCCGGACGGUCGCUACGGUCCCGCUACCGAUGACGACGAUGUAAACCGGAACCAAUCCAACUGCUACGAAACCGACUCGGACCUGGAGCUGGAUGCAACCAUCAAGGAGCAGCGGCUCGAGGAGCAGGCCAUUUCGAGACUGCAGGCGAUGGCGCUGUCCGAUGACGACGAGUACGAUGAGUCCCUAACCUGCAACGUGUGCGACCGAGCUUUUCACUGUCACCGGCAGCUGGCGUCCCAUCAGCAGAAAAAGCGACAUUUUGGCUGCAGCGGCUGCGACAGUCUGUUUCCCUCGCUGAUGCUGCUGGAGCAUCACAAGGAGGAGUUCGAGCACUGGAGCGACUUCGAGGACGACGGUCGGCUACCGUGCUGCCGGCGGAAUCGACGGGACGACGACUACACGGACACCGAGACGGGAACCAGCGAUGCCGAGAGCGAAGACCUGGAACGGUUGCUGUAA